AUGGCUUCAGAUUUAUCUUCUUGGAUCUGCAAAGCUUGCAACUCAUCGGAAGGGUUUGGUCCCGUUUCCUUUUAUGGAGAUUUGACCCAAUGUUUCAUAGAUGGUGUCAUAUUAAACCUUUCUGCCCUUUUCAUGUUGAUCUUUGGUACAAGAUCUUUAAUCAAAUUAUGUACCAUGAAAACACCUACUGUCAAAUAUAGAAGAAAUUGGAUUAUCGUAUCAAGGAUUAUCCUAGUAUUAUUACAAAUAUGUUUCACUGCUUUAGCAUGUUUAAAAUUACCUCAUGAUAAGAGUAGAGAUUUCACUGUUAUGAGUCAAUAUACCCUCACUUUACUUUCAUUAUUUGUCGUCAUUUGUUUGCAUUGGAUUGAAUACCACAGAUCACAAGUAGCUAAUAGUAUAGUCUUAUUCUAUUGGUUAUUUGAAGCUGUGGGUAAUGGUUCCAAGACUUUCAAUUUCAUCGUUAGACACACCUAUGAACAUAGAUGGACUUUCGGUCAUAUUGUCUUCAUUUUAACUCUAUUCCAAACUAUAAUCGCCAUCGCUGUAUUAUUAUUAGAAGCCUUACCUAAGAAACCAUUAAUGCCAUACCAAGAAAUUCAAGAACAUUUAUCAAGAAGAAAGGCUAAUCCAUACGAUACUGCAAACAUUUUCUCCAAAAUUACAUUCUCUUGGAUGUCAGAAUUGAUGCAAACUGGGUAUGAAAAAUAUCUUGUAGAAACUGAUUUAUAUAAAUUACCUGAAUCCUUCAAUAGUGCAGAACUAUCUGAAAAAUUCGAAAAUAAUUGGCAAAAUCAAAUUAAACAUAAGGCAAAUCCAUCAUUAGCAUGGGCUUUAGUAAUUACUUUUGGUGGUAAGAUGGUUUUAGCUUCAUUUUUGAAAAUCAUUCAUGAUUGUAUGGCUUUCAUUCAACCUCAAUUAUUAAGAAUUUUAAUUAAAUUCGUCACUGAAUAUAAUGAAGAACAUGGAAUCUCUGAAUCAUUAGGUUUAGAUACCCUUAUGAAACAUACUAAAUUACCAAUUAUUAGAGGUUUUAUGAUUGCAAUUUCCAUGUUUAUGGUCGGUUUUAUCCAAACUUCUGUUUUACAUCAAUAUUUCUUGAAUUGUUUCGAUACUGGUAUGCAUAUUAAGAGUGCCUUAACAUCAGUUAUUUAUGAAAAGGCAUUGGUUUUAUCUAAUGAAGCAUCAGGAAUUUCAAGUACAGGUGAUAUUGUCAAUUUAAUGAGUGUGGAUGUUCAAAAAUUACAAGAUAUCUCUCAAUUCAUUAAUUUAUUAUGGUCUGCUCCUUUCCAAAUCGUAUUAUGUUUGAUUUCAUUAUAUAAAUUACUAGGUCAUUCUAUGUGGGUUGGUGUCAUUAUCUUAGUUAUUAUGAUGCCAUUAAAUUCAUUCUUAAUGAAAACUCAAAAGAAAUUACAAAAAUCACAAAUGCAAUUUAAAGAUGAAAGAACUCGUGUCAUUAGUGAAAUUUUAAAUAAUAUUAAAUCCUUGAAAUUAUACGCUUGGGAAACUCCAUAUAAGGCUAAAUUAGAAAACGUUAGAAAUAAUAAGGAACUGAAAAAUCUAACUAAAUUAGGUUGUUAUAUGGCUUUAAUGUCUUUCCAAUUUAAUGUUGUCCCAUUCUUAGUCUCAUGUUCCACUUUUGCUGUGUUCGUUUACACUGAAGAUAGACCAUUGACUACUGAUUUAGUCUUCCCAGCUUUAACUUUGUUCAAUUUGUUACAUUUCCCAUUGAUGGUCAUUCCAAACGUCUUAACUGCAUUAAUUGAAUGUUCUGUGUCAGUUGGUAGAUUGUUUAGUUUCUUAACUAAUGAAGAAUUACAAAAGGAUUCAGUUCAACGUUUACCAAAGGUUACCGAAAUUGGUGAUGUAGCUAUCAAUGUUGGUGAUGACGCUACUUUCUUAUGGCAACGUAAACCGGAAUAUAAAGUUGCCUUGAAAAAUGUUAAUUUCCAAGCAAAGAAAGGUGAAUUGACUUGUAUCGUUGGUAGAGUUGGUAGCGGUAAGAGUGCCCUAAUACAAAGUAUCUUAGGUGAUUUAUUCCGUGUUAAAGGGUUCGCCACUAUUCAUGGUAAUGUCGCUUAUGUGUCUCAAGUCGCUUGGAUUAUGAAUGGUACCGUUAAAGAUAAUAUUUUAUUUGGUCACAAAUACGAUGCAGAAUUCUAUGAAAAGACAAUUAAAGCAUGUGCUUUAACCAUUGAUUUGUCUGUCUUAGUCGAUGGUGAUCAAACACUUGUUGGUGAAAAGGGUAUAUCUCUUUCUGGUGGUCAAAAGGCACGUUUAUCUUUAGCUAGAGCUGUUUAUUCAAGAGCUGAUACUUAUUUGUUAGACGAUCCAUUAGCUGCUGUCGAUGAACAUGUUGCAAGACAUUUGAUUGAACAUGUUUUGGGUCCAAAUGGUUUAUUACAUACUAAGACAAAGGUUUUAGCUACCAAUAAAGUCUCUGUUUUAUCUGUUGCUGAUUCUGUUAGUCUUUUGGAGAAUGGUGAAAUUGUUCAACAAGGUUCUUACGACGAAAUUAUGAAAGACGGUGCCUCUCAGUUGAAUAAAUUGAUUAUGGAAUACGGUAAAAAGAGUAAUGGGAACCCUGCUUCUAGUAAUGCUAUCACACCUGCUUCUUCCUCCACAAAUAUUCGUGAACAAACAAUUCCUUUAGAGGAUGAAUUAAAAGAAUUGAAGAAAUUGGAGGAUAUAAAUUUGGUAGGUAAUGAAGUUCAAAGUUUAAGAAGAGCUAGUGAUGCUACUUUACGUAGUAUCGAUUUUGGUGAAGAUGAAGGUGAUGUAAGAAGAGAACAUCGUGAGCAAGGUAAAGUUAAAUGGAAUAUUUAUUUGGAAUAUGCAAAGGCAUGUAAUCCUAGAAAUGUUGCUAUCUUCAUGAUCUUCGCCAUUUUGUCUAUGUUCUUAUCUGUUAUGGGUAGUGUUUGGCUAAAGCAUUGGUCUGAAAUUAAUACCAAAUAUGGUUCUAACCCCCAUGCUCCACGUUACUUACUCAUUUACUUGUUAUUAGGUAUUACUUCUGCUCUUUUCACUUUGAUUCAAACCGUUAUCUUAUGGGUUUUCUGUACCAUUCAAGGUUCAAGAUAUUUACAUACUUUAAUGACAAAUGCAGUCCUAAGAGCACCAAUGAGUUUCUUCGAAACAACACCAAUUGGUCGUAUCUUAAACAGAUUCUCCAAUGAUAUUUAUAAGGUGGAUUCUGUUUUGGGUAGAACUUUCUCUCAAUUCUUUGUCAAUGCUGUUAAGGUUUCGUUCACUAUUGGUGUUAUCUGCGUUACCACAUGGCAAUUUAUUUUCGUUAUCGUUCCAUUAGGUGUCUUCUAUAUUUAUUAUCAACAAUAUUACUUGAGAACAUCAAGAGAGUUACGUCGUUUGGAUUCUAUUACUAGAUCACCAGUUUAUUCUCAUUUCCAAGAAACAUUAGGUGGUAUUGUCACUAUCAGAGGUUAUGGACAACAAAAGAGAUUCUCUCAAAUUAACCAAUGUCGUGUUGAUAAUAACAUGAGUGCAUUUUAUCCAUCUGUUAAUGCUAAUCGUUGGUUAGCUUACAGGUUAGAAUUGAUUGGUUCCAUUAUCAUUCUUGGUGCAGCCACAUUGUCUGUGAUGAGAUUGAAGCAAGGUACAUUGACUGCUGGUAUGGUUGGGUUAUCUUUAAGUUAUGCCUUACAAAUUACUCAAUCUUUGAAUUGGAUUGUUAGAAUGACUGUUGAAGUUGAGACUAAUAUUGUUUCAGUGGAAAGAAUUAAAGAAUAUGCUGACUUGAAAAGUGAAGCUCCAGAAAUUAUUGAAGAUCAUAGACCACAAGAAACAUGGCCAGAAGAAGGUGAUAUCAAAUUUGAACAUUAUUCCACACGUUAUAGACCAGAACUUGAUUUGGUUCUCAAAGACAUUAACUUCCAUAUUAAACCAAAGGAAAAAAUUGGUAUUGUUGGUAGAACAGGUGCAGGUAAAUCAUCAUUAACUUUGGCCCUAUUUAGGAUAAUUGAAGCAAGUGAAGGUAAUAUUAUUAUUGACAAUGUUGAUAUUAGUGAUAUAGGUCUAUAUGAUUUAAGGCAUAAAUUAUCCAUUAUUCCACAAGAUUCUCAAGUGUUUGAAGGUACAAUUCGUGAGAAUAUUGAUCCAACAAACCAAUACACUGAUGAACAAAUCUGGAGAGUAUUAGAAUUAUCUCACUUAAGGGAUCAUAUUGCUACAAUGGGAGGCGAUGGACUUGAUACAAAAUUGAAUGAAGGUGGUAGUAAUUUAAGUGUUGGUCAAAGGCAAUUGAUGUGUCUGGCAAGAGCAUUGUUAGUUCCUUCAAAGAUUCUAGUAUUAGACGAGGCAACUGCAGCCGUUGAUGUUGAAACAGAUAAGGUGCUUCAAGAAACAAUUCGUACAUCUUUUAAAGACAGAACAAUUUUAACUAUUGCUCAUAGAAUAAAUACAAUUAUGGACAAUGAUAGAAUUAUGGUUCUAGAUAAUGGUUCCAUCAAAGAGUUUGACGAACCAAAGAAAUUGUUAGAAAAUAAAUCUUCAUUAUUCUACUCCUUAUGUGAAGAAGCUGGAUUAACUACAAAAUAG